AUGGAAGCUCUCUCAGCUUCCAAAUGGUUUUUGCUCUGUGCAUUGUUGAUUUCAGCUGUACAGUUCACAUAUUGCAGUGUUACUUAUGACAAGAAAUCUCUUAUUAUUAAUGGCCAAAGAAGAAUUCUUUUAUCUGGCUCCAUUCAUUAUCCAAGAAGCACUCCUGAUAUGUGGGAGGGGCUUAUACAGAAGGCUAAAGGAGGAGGAUUGGAUGUUAUAGACACAUAUGUUUUUUGGAACCUCCAUGAACCGUCUCCUGGCAAUUACAAUUUCGAGGGAAGAUGUGAUUUGGUUCGGUUUAUAAAGUUGGUUCAGAAAGCAGGAUUGUACCUUCAUCUUCGCAUUGGGCCUUAUGUUUGUGCAGAAUGGAACUUUGGUGGGUUUCCGGUUUGGUUGAAGUAUGUUCCAGGCAUUAGCUUCAGAACUGAUAAUGAACCUUUCAAGAAAGCAAUGCAGAGUUUUACCCAGAAAAUUGUCCAAAUGAUGAAGGAGGAAAGAUUGUUUCAGUCUCAAGGUGGUCCUAUCAUUCUAUCUCAGAUUGAAAAUGAGUACGGAUUAGUAAGCAAGGAUUUUGGUGCCGCGGGUAGUGCAUAUAUGACUUGGGCUGCUAAGAUGGCCAUUGAAUUAGGCACCGGUGUUCCGUGGGUAAUGUGUAAGGAAGAUGAUGCACCAGAUCCCGUGAUAAAUGCUUGCAAUGGCUUUUAUUGUGAUUAUUUUUCUCCAAACAAACCUUAUAAGCCCACACUAUGGACUGAGGCUUGGACUGGAUGGUUUGAAGAUUUUGGGAGUCCAAUUCAUCAUCGUCCAGUAGAAGAUUUGGCCUUUGCAGUUGUCCGAUUCAUUCAGAAAGGAGGCUCUUUUGUGAACUACUACAUGUAUCAUGGAGGAACCAACUUUGGACAUACUUCGGGAGGUCCUUUCAUUACUACCAGCUAUGACUAUGAUGCUCCUAUUGAUGAAUAUGGCUUGGUUAGGCAGCCAAAAUAUGACCAUUUGAAGGGGCUUCAUAGGGCGAUAAAGUUAUGCGAACCAGCUUUGGUUUCUGCUGAUCCUACUGUCACGGCCUUGGGAAACUAUGAACAGGCACAUGUUUUUUCUUCCAAGUCAGGACAGUGUGCAGCUUUUCUCUCAAAUUUCCACUGGGAUAAAUCUGCAAGGGUGAAAUUUAAUAACAUGCACUAUGAGCUGCCACCUUGGUCAAUUAGCAUUCUUCCUGGUUGCAAAAAUGUCAUUUUUAAUACUGCCACGGUUGGAGCUAGAACACCACAGGCUCAACUGUUGCCUACGAAUGUGCAAAUGUUCUCUUGGGAAACAUUCAAUGAAGACAUAUCUGCUAUGGAGGUUGAUUCAAAAAUCACAGUUGUUGGUCUUUUGGAACAAUUAAAUGUCACUAGAGAUGCCAGUGAUUAUUUGUGGUACACAACCAGCGUCGAGAUAAGUCCAACUGAAUCCUUUUUACGUGAGGGUCGAAAUCCUACUCUUGUGGUGCAAUCAGCAGGCCAUGUUCUGCAUGUGUUUACUAAUGGACAAUUAUCAGGAUCAGCAUUUGGAACAAGGGAAUACAAAACAUUUCCUUACACUAAAGAUAUCCCCUUACAUGCUGGAGUAAACAGGAUUUCACUUCUGAGUGUUGCCGUUGGAUUGCCGAAUGAUGGCCAUCGCUUUGAAACGUGGGCCACGGGAAUCCAGGGACCAGUUGUCUUAAAAGGACUAGACCAUGGAACAAGGGACCUGUCCUGGCAGAAAUGGUCAUACCAGAUUGGGCUCAAAGGGGAAGCCAUCAACUUGGCUUCUCCGAGUGGAAUAUCAUCUGUUGAUUGGACACGAGGGUCCUUGGCUGCAAACAAGCAACAGCCACUUACAUGGUACAAGGCUUACUUCAAUGCACCGCAAGGGAACGAGCCUUUGGCACUGGACCUGGGUAGUAUGGGCAAAGGUCAAGUGUGGAUCAAUGGACAGAGCAUAGGAAGAUACUGGACUGCCUAUGCAAAAGGCGAAUGCCGUGAAUGCAGCUAUACAGGAACAUUUCGACAAGCGAAGUGCCAAUACGGUUGUGGAAAACCGACACAAAGAUGGUACCAUGUCCCUCGGUCUUGGUUGAAGCCUACACAAAAUUUACUGAUAGUUUUCGAGGAACUUGGUGGGGAUGCAUCAAGAAUUUCUUUUGUUCGAAGAUCAGUCACUUAG